AUGAGAGCCGGGUUGCCUAGAGUUGAGCAUCUUCCCGAUACUGGCGGAAGCUUUGAAAAGGGAAUUGAGUUAUUGGUAGUGCCGCAUAUAACAGAUUGUAUCCCCUCGAAACAAUUUGACAUUGAUACGCUAGAAUUAGAUAGUUUCAAUUUAGCGGAUGUGAGUUUCAAUGAACCUGGAGAUGUGGAUAUUUUAUUAGGUGCGAAAAUAUUCUAUGAACUUUUAAGAUCGGGUCAAAUUAGGUUUCCGGGAACAGACAUUGUUUUUCAAAAUACUGUGUUUGGGUUUGUUGCUACCGGAAGUGUUCCAAUAGAAAACGAAACUACUGUUCAUUGUGGGUUAGUAAUAGAAGAUUUGGAUGCAAAUUUAAGGAAAUUUUGGGAAAUUGAAGAUGUUGAGGGGGAUAAGUUACAAAUUGAUGAGAGUUUAAUAUGUGAAGAUCAUUUCAUGAAAACACAUUCCAGAAAUGACGAUGGAAGCUAUGUUGUUAAAAUGCCGUUUAAAAUAGACCCCCCAUGUUUAGGCGAAUCAAAACACAUUGCUACUAAAAGAUUUAAUUCACUUUGGCAACGUUUGAAGAGAGAACCAGAGUAUAGGCAACUAUACAGCGAAUUUUUAACUGAGUAUGAGAAUUUGGGGCAUAUGCAGGAAACUUGCGAAACUCCAAGGUACAUUAUGCCUCAUCAUGGCGUUUUUAGGCCAGAAAGUCGUACUACAAAAUUACGCGUUGUUUUCAACGCAUCAGAGGCAACGUCAUCUGGACAAUCGCUUAAUGAUAAUUUGUAUUCAGGAUCUGUUGUCCAAGAUGAUUUGUUUGCUAUUUUGUUGAGGUUUUGA